AUGAUGUCAGAGCCGCACAGCACACGCGCCGCUACGGAGGCCGAACGACAAAAACGGCUGGGAAAGGGGCGGGGAUGGCGUGGUUUCCCCUCUCCCCCCCCCCACGUGUCCCGGUCUCCAGGCAACAGGGACGCGGGGGCGGGGCCUCUGAGUAGCCGGGUCAUGCUGCUGAGCGGAGCCGCGCGCCGGGCGGGGAGUCUCUCGCGGCCGGCGGACGAAGAGCUCGCAGCUAAAAUCCUCCAGCGAGCCUGGUGGAGUCACAUCAACAGGAGGCUGUUCAGGCUGCUAACACACACCAUCCGGGCCGCGGAGCAUUGCAUUACAUAUGAGAUUAUGAGGAGAGUGAGUCCUUUAGAAGCUGAACUUAUAAAAGAUCCUAGUAUGCAGUGUAAAGUCAGAUUCAGAUUUGCUGGUCAUGAGUUUCCACCUUUCAUUGUGUUUAAGAUUUUUCACCAUACUGGAGGCCAAGGCAGCAAGUACAUAAGUGGAAAAAGAACAAUAAGUCCAGCAAGUGAGGCAGCAGCUGAUGCUUGCAAGUUGAUGGGACAUCGGAAAUAUUAUGAUCAAAUGAUAUGGGAUGAACUUCAGUACCAAAAUCACAAAAUAAUAGACGAAAUAGACGUUGCUACAGUGAAAGAUUACAUGCAAUAUAUCAGUAACCUGGAUGAGACCCCAGCAUACUUUGGUGGCAGGGAUAACUGCUGGAGAAAAUUGUCUCUGGAAAACUUUCCCAGGACAAUAAUAAUGUAUGACAUAAUGGAUUAUGCACAGUCUGGGACACUGUCAAACCGACUUAAGGAGAAACUGACAUUUCUGCUCCUGAGGCCACAGAAUGAAGAGCUACGGCAUGUUCAGCUCAUGACUGUUUCUCGAGCCAGGUCUCCUACACCUUGUCCUCCAACAGCCACCUCUUCAUCUAGGUCUUAUCAACCCUCUUCACUGCCUAGACCCUCAGUGCGUCGCUCUCGCCAAGCUCGACAGAAAGUAGCAAAAAUGAAAAGAGUUCAUGCACUUGAAAAAGAAAGAGAGGAACAGAAAUUGGAUGUUACAAAUAGAAGCCACUUCACUGAACAUCAAGAAACUAUGACUGCACCAAUUGAAGACCUUGAGGAGCAUUCUGUCUUUUCAGAUGAAGAGUGGGAGCAUGAGGCAGCUAAAUUGUAUGCCUGGUCUCAGGCGUUAUCUCUUGAAGACAUUGGAGAAUAUUCGCUCACACCUAAUUUCUGA